AUGUCACCUGUGCGCAUUGAGUUGAGGCCCGUUGUGUUCAUCCCUGGCUUUGCUGGAAGCUUGCUGGAUGCGAAUGUGAGCAGGGUACGCGCCGUGAACCCGCUGUGCAGCUUCAUGGGGAGAGACCGUCUCUGGUUCAACCCGAAAUACUUUGUCCCGGUGCUGGUCGAUUGCUGGGUCGAAGAGAUGAGCUUGCGGUUGAACGUCAGCGGUUCCAUGGCCAGCGCACUGGAGCUGGAUGUGGAACCGGAAGGUGUGCACGUCGACACCAUCAACUUCGGUAGUGUUGAUGGCUCCCUCUACGACUAUGGCGUCUAUCACGCGACCGGGAUCUGGACACCAAUCAUUGCCCAGCUGGAGAAGCUGGGUUUCAAUGCUUCGAACUUGUUCGCUGCACCGUACGACUGGCGGCGUGGCCCAGGUUAUUGGAAGCAGCACGAUUGGCCUCGCUUGAAGGAGUUCCUCGAGGAGAAAGUUCGGAACGCAGGGAGCCCUGCCAUCAUCAUGGCCGUCUCCCAAGGCGCCCCCUACUUCACUGGCUUCCUCCACCAUGGCGGCCUGGAUGCUGCCUGGAAGCGGGAGCAUAUCGCCUCGUUCUUCUCCUUCUCGGGGGUCUUCGGUGGAACCGUGGGAGGCCUCGGCCUGGCGAUGUGGGGCGACGCCCGGCCUUUGGGCCACUCCAAGGCUGCCUACAACCUGAGAGUCGACUUUGCCUCCCGGAAGAGCCUCCGGGACCUGCUACGUGGCUGGGGAGGUGUGAGCAUGCUGCUGCCCAAGUUCAAUUCAGAUGUGCCCUUUGUGCAGCUUCCACCGGCCUUCGACGGAAACGUGACGAGGGAGAACCUUCCCGAGCUUCUGUGGCGCGUGUCCGCGGAGUUCGGCGCGCUCUAUGAUCUGUCGCUGGAGUAUCCCAUUUCCGGGCACCCGGGCGUCAAGACCCACUGCUUCUUCGGCUCCGACCUCCCCAGCCCCUCCCGGUAUGUGUAUCUGGAAACGCCUGCGAACACGUCAAGAGAGAGCCUGCUGGACCAAGGCCUUGAGGCAGUCACGCGACUUCGGAAGGGCCAGAAGCCGGACCUCAUGUCGCUGCUGGGAGGGAUUGGCAAAGCUGCAGAGGACUUCAUUGACCCCGAGAGCAAUGACACGGCUCCAUCAGUGCCGGCAGGCUCACCUGGCAGCAUUGACUGGUGGGACUCCGUUGCGAAGCUGGUGUCACGUCGGCAGCCGGAUGCGCUCGAGACCACCGACGGGGACGGCCUCGUGCCCCGGGAGUCCCUGGCCAUCUGCGAGGAUUGGGUCCAGGCGGAUCCCUCCCUGGACGUGGAGAUCCACGAGGUGAAGGGCCGGACGCAUGGCUCCGAGAUCUUCGAUCCAGAUACUCUCUUGGCGAUGCGGGCGGCAGUGGCCAAGGUCGCCGGCGUGAAGAACCCAGAUGACCACGACACACCGUUUGGAAAACUCUCUCAAAGAGACAGGGACAUGCCAAGACCGCUGGAAGAGUUCGUGAAGAUCGUGGGACCCGUCGUAGCGCGCUGGGACUGCCGCACCUGGGCCUUGCUCUACUUCCCCGACGGCCACAUGCACGGCUGCAACGCCAAACUGAUCCUCGACUCCAAGAUGUGCGAUCGUGGCUGCCGUGAGGCCUUUCAUGGCGACCCCAAGUUCCUCGCGCGGCGGUGCCCCGAGACAUGCAGCAAUCGGCAUGGGAAGUUGGGUUUGGACCUGCCUCGGCCGCUGGGAGAGUUUGCACCGGCUCUCCCCCCCGAGGUUGCCCAAUGGACGUGCCGGCAGUGGGCGGGUCACUACGGGGUGGCCAACAAGAGAUGCUCAAGCAAGGCGAUCUUGAAGGCAUCGAACUGCGAUGAGGGCUGCCGAGUUGUUUUCCAAGGUGACGAGGCCUUCAUGCAACGGCGCUGCCCAGAGACCUGCCACAGCAACGGAACGGAUCUUGCGCAGCCGCUGAAACAGUUCGAAAAGGUCGUGGGGCCAGAGGUGGGAAGCUGGGAUUGCCCCAAGUGGCUGAGCCUCUACCAUGCUCCUGGCUGUGCAGCGGACGCCAUUCGAGCGUCGCCUAGCUGUGAUGAUGGUUGCCACCAGGCUCUCGCGGGUGACCCCUUCUUUGUGUUUCGCCGCUGCCCGGAGAGUUGCAGUGACCCGGCACCGUCUGAUCACUCAUCAGCAGGACUGGCGCUGCCGAGUUCACCGGAGCAAGCGCAUGAGCGGCGGCAGCCAAGCAUGAAGAAGCAAGUGUCGUCGUUGCUGGACAGAUUGCCGCCAUGGCUACCGCUGCUGCUUGUCCUCCCGUGCCUACCGUGCCUCCUGGUUUUGCGGGCGUGCAGGCGCGCCCGGCGCUCGGACAUGGUCGGCGAGGUCGGCACGCCGCUGCACGAGGGUGGCGAGUUUAGUGAGUUCGAGGGGCGUGAGCCCAGAACGAGCUGGUGGCCCAGAUCCCGCAGCAUGGCACCUGCGAGGGAGGUGGAGCUUCAGUGA